AUGAAUGGAAGGCCCGUCUACGAGAGGAUUCUCACAGAGUCGGAGCUGCUUGAGCAACUCCCGACCGAGCUGGCCGGCUUGAUACAGUCGGCCUCGGAGACUCAACAACUUCACGCGCUCGCCAUUAGCGCACUCAAUAGCCAAUUUACAGAAAGCGUGUUUCGGCUUUACGAACCACUCAUCGUAGAGCUAGGAGCCCGAUGGCUUCAGCCAGAUGGAGGAGCUGACCCAAUUGAUGUUCUGGCAGCUUUUGCCCGUAUUUUACCAAUUGCGGCAUACCUUCUUCCAUUCGCGAGCCAACAUGCCUCUUCGCAGACUGGUGGCCUCUCGGCCCUUGCAGGCUCCAAGGAGCUGACACUACGACAGCUAGACACGGGCCGAAUUCGCAAGAUACUUCUCGCACUUUUCCGCCUAAUGUCGUUCGACUUGGAAACAUUUGCCAAGGUCGUGUCACCAAUUCAACUUCAGUCACUCUUUCCUCACGAGGACCGCGUCAUCCGAUACCUCGCGAUUCGGUGUUUCGCACUCUAUAUGCAUGCUGCUGAUGCCGCAACUGAGAAGAUGUUGCGCAUCAAUACCGGUGUGGACCCUGUCGAAGGACCUUGGGAAGGCAUCACAAUCGACUAUCGUCUUCUAGGACUCUGGGAAGAGCGGAGAUGGGAGACUUUGGAACAUCGCAGGAGGCCCAGAGCUGAAUCUUCCCCUGAAGAUGGGGAGACGGGACUAGUCGAUCGAAUGAGACAUGCUUUCACAACCCGAUCUGCUAAUAUCUGCGGCGUUUUGGUACCCCGAACGAAAGACGUGGUCGCCGGAGAAUCAUCAGUCGUCAACACUCCGACAACCGUGGCAAACAUCCGCCGAAUUGCGCGAGCACUGCUAGAUGUCAAGCCUAUCUUGCUGGUGGGCUUGCCUAACUCCGGCAAGACGACAUUGAUCAACGACGUUGCCAGCAACAUGGGCCAAGCUGAAACGAUGAUCACUUUGCAUUUGAACGAGCAGACUGACGCCAAAAGCUUGCUCGGAAUGUACGCAACAUCCUCUGCCACUGGCUCGUUCUCUUGGCAGCCCGGUGUUCUCACAAAAGCAGCCCGGGAAGGUCGUUGGGUGCUGAUUGAAGACUUGGACAGAGCGCCGUCCGAAGUUCUUGGUCUCAUUCUUCCAAUAAUCGAGCGCGGGGAGCUCACUAUUGCCAGCCGAAGAGAGCGUAUCAAAUGUGCGGAAGGCUUCAAGAUAAUUGCGACCAUGAAGUCCUCUUACAGCAUCUCCGGGGAGGAAAUUGCGCCGAACAAUUCCAUGCUCGGAAGUCGCCUGUGGCAGAGAGUUCAUAUCCAAUCCUUGUCAGUUGAUGAGAUGAGGGAUGUUAUCUUGCGAAAGUUCCCAUUGCUGGAAUCUCGUGUGCCAACAAUCAUGGAAGUCUACAAAGGUGUUUGUUUCGCUUUCCAUGGAAGCUUAGCAAUUAAAGGGUCACAAGGGCGAACGCCGGGCUUUCGUGAUUUGAUCAAGCUAUGCAACCGACUGCACCGAAGACUUCAACUCAUUGGCGCAAAGACCGGUUUCGAAGCCGCGCCAGAAAGUAUCGAAGAUGAGAUUUUGCUAGACAUGGUGGACGUAUUCCUCAAAUACCUUCCUGAGAAAUCAAUGCAAAGGUCUUUGGCUGGUGUUGUCGCGGAAGCUCUUCAGAUCUCACCUCAGCGUGCGCAAUUCUGCCUCGAGGAGCGUGCUCCGGCCUACAACGACAAAAGUAACUCCUUGGUGCUCGGUAGGGAGGUUCUGCAAAAGAUCAGAGUACCUAGUGGUGCAGCACAACGACUGGCGGCAGCUGCAUCCAGAUUUGCUUCAACAAGAUCAGCGCUUUCCAUCAUGGAGCAGGUGGCUGCCUCUGUGCAGAUGGCAGAGCCCGUAUUGCUCGUGGGAGAGACAGGAAUUGGCAAAACCACUGUUAUCCAACAGUUGGCAACUCUGAUGCGUCAAAAGCUUACCGUCGUCAAUUUGUCUCAGCAAUCUGAGAGCACAGAUCUUCUCGGAGGCUUCAAGCCCGUCAGCAUUCGUACAAUGGCUGUACCCAUGCUCGACGAGUUCACUCAGCUGUUCGAAUUGACGUUCUCCGCCAAGAAGAACCAGAAGUUCCUUGCGUCUGUUUCCAAAAGCGUUGCCUCUGGAAAUUGGGUCCGCCUUGUCACACUCUGGCAUGAGGCUGUCCGCCUGGCUAGCGGAGUAUUCAAUCCUGCACGCAAUGUCAAUGCCGAUAACGAUGAGCAGCAGCCAGCAAAGAAGCGAAAGCUGGAAUCCCCAAAAUACCAGCAGUUAAGACAACGAUGGCAAACUUUCGAGUCUCAACUUUCAGACUUUGAAGCUCAAGUCUCUCAGGGUGACGCCAAAUUUGCCUUUGCCUUUGUGCAGGGAAAAAUUGUCAGAGCUCUGAGAAACGGCGAGUGGGUGCUUUUGGACGAGGUUAACCUGGCGUCCCCCGACACCCUCGAGAAUAUCGCGAGUCUUCUGAAUCACGGCAGUGAAGGCAUGCCGUCUGUCCUUCUGUCAGAAGCCGGAGACGUGGAACGUGUCUUCGGUCAUCCCGAAUUUCGCAUCUUUGGGGCCAUGAAUCCUGCCACAGACGCUGGAAAGCGCGAUUUGCCCCCCGGCUUGCGUUCUCGAUUCACCGAGUUCUACGUUCAUUCACCAGAUACUGAGCUUGACGAUCUACUCGCUCUGAUCGAGAAGUAUCUUGGCACAUUGACAAUUGGAGACCAAAGAGCCGGUCCAGAUCUUGCACAGCUGUACCUGGAGACCAAAAAGCUCAGCAACAGUAACAAACUGACAGAUGGAGCUGGGCAGCGCCCGCAUUUCAGCAUUCGAACACUCGUACGAGCUCUGAUCUAUGUAAUUGAUCAUGCACACGUAUAUGGGUUGAGGCGAGCGAUUUAUGAAGGCUUCAGCAUGAGUUUCCUCACAGUACUCAGCUUGGAAUCAGAGAAAACUGUCGUGCCUUUGUUGGAGAAGUAUGUGUUCGAAAACGCAAAGAAUGCGAAGUCGCUCCUAGGGCGUACUCCGCGCGCCCCAGAAGAUGGUCAAGAUUACGUCCAAUUCAAACACUACUGGAUGCGACGUGGUCCAUUGAGACCAGAGGAGCAGCCUCAUUACAUUAUCACGCCUUUUAUUGAGAAGAAUCUCAAGAACCUUGUCAGGGCUAGCUCAACACGUCGUUUUCCCGUCUUGCUGCAGGGUCCUACGUCAGCAGGAAAGACAAGUAUGAUUGAAUAUUUGGCCAAAGUCUCCGGCAACAAGUUUGUUCGUAUCAAUAACCACGAACACACGGACUUGCAGGAGUACCUAGGCUCAUAUAUAUCAUCCGACGACGGCAGCCUACGAUAUCAAGAGGGUGUUUUAGUUGAGGCGCUGAGAAACGGAUAUUGGAUUGUUCUUGACGAGCUGAACCUGGCUCCAUCCGAUGUCCUCGAGGCGCUCAAUCGUCUUCUUGACGACAAUCGAGAGCUUUUCAUUCCAGAGACCCAGGAGGUAGUUCACCCGCAUCCGAACUUCAUGCUGUUUGCAACGCAAAAUCCCGCUGGUCUCUACGGAGGCAGGAAGGUUCUUUCUCGAGCAUUCCGAAAUCGCUUCCUUGAGCUUCACUUUGAUGAUAUCCCAGAAAGUGAACUUGAAUUCAUUCUCAAAGAGCGCUCUCAAAUUGCGCCCUCUUUCUGCAGUCGAAUUGUCUCAGUCUAUCGCAGACUUUCUCUACUUCGUCAAUCAAACCGCCUCUUUGAGCAAAAGAACAGUUUUGCCACCCUCCGUGAUCUUUUCCGCUGGGCCCUCCGUGAUGCUGAUGACCGAGAGCAGCUUGCCGUGAAUGGGUACAUGCUUCUUGCCGAGCGCGUCCGUAAUCCCGCGGAGAAAGCUGCAGUGAAAAGUGUGAUUGAAGAGGUCAUGAAAGUCAAACUGGAUGACGACCUACUCUACAGCGAGUCUCAGUUGAAGCAGAGCGUGCCAGAAACGGCAGAAUUGCCAUCUGGGAUCGUAUGGACCAAAGCUAUGCGCCGCCUUUUCGUCCUCGUCUCGCGAGCUAUCAAAAACAACGAGCCAAUUCUUCUUGUCGGAGAAACUGGAUGUGGCAAAACACAACUGUGCCAGGCCGUUGCAGAAGCAUUCAAGCGGGAGCUUUACAUUGUGAACGCGCAUAUAAACCUGGAGACUGGAGAUUUAAUAGGCGCACAAAGACCCAUCCGAAACCGCGCUGCUAUUGAGAAGCAGCUUUUACAAGAUCUCCGAUGUCUUUCAUCCGGACAGCAAGCUGCAGAUCUCUCACUUGAGCAGCUGAAGCAGGAGUUCUCCUCCCUCGACAGCCAGCAGAAACAGGAGCUGGACCAAAGCCUCAUGCACCGCAUCGAGCGAAACUUAGUUCGAUGCAACGCUCUCUUUGAGUGGUCGGAUGGAAGCUUGAUCACGGCUAUGAAGACCGGCCAGUUUUUCCUGCUAGAUGAGAUUUCUCUUGCAGAUGAUUCUGUCCUCGAACGACUCAACAGUGUGCUGGAACCUCACCGAUCGAUUCUUCUGGCGGAGAAAGGUCCUAUCGACUCGAUGGUCGUGGCUGAUGCAGGGUUCCAGUUCAUGUCCACCAUGAACCCUGGUGGUGAUUAUGGCAAGCGUGAGCUCUCAGCGGCCCUGCGAAACCGUAUGACAGAGAUAUGGGCUCCACAGCUGUCUGAAGAUGAGGACAUCCUACCGAUUCUCCAGAUGAGACUGACCUUGAGAGAUGAGAGAAUUGCAAGGUCUAUGCUUCAAUUCGCCAAAUGGUUCAAGUCCACCUUCCAGAACACGUCCACCACAUCACUUUCCCUUCGUGAUCUUCUUGCGUGGGUGGAUUUCGUGAAUACUUGCGAGAAUCAGGACGUGCGAUUUGCUGUGGUGCAAGGUGCCGCUAUGGUCUUUGUUGAUACACUGGGUGCAAACCCGGCUGCCAUGCUUGCAAUCUCCAUGAGCGAUCUGAAUGACAAUCGUCAAAAAUGUCUUGUGAAACUCGGCAAGCUAUUUGGCGUGGAUGCAUCAAAUAUCUAUUGGCAAGACUCGACUGUGUCUCUCGAACCUGGUCACCUGAAGGUUGGCCCGUUUUUAUUGCCGAUUAUUGGCGAUGCGGAUCCCGAUCCACAGUUCACUAUGGAUGCACCGACCACGAUCUCGAAUUCAGUCCGAAUUGCACGUGGCCUGCAGUCUUCCAAACCUAUCCUCAUGGAAGGCAGCCCGGGUGUUGGCAAAACGACCCUUGUAACGGCGCUGGCUAGAGCGCUUGGCAAACCGCUUACUCGGAUAAAUCUUUCAGAGCAAACCGACCUGACAGAUCUCUUUGGAUCUGAUGUUCCCGUCGAAGGUGGAGAUGUUGGACAGUUCACAUGGCGUGAUGCCCCAUUCUUGCGGGCCAUGCAGCGCGGUGACUGGGUUCUUCUUGACGAAAUGAACUUGGCCUCGCAGUCUGUCCUUGAGGGCCUGAAUUCAUGUUUAGAUCACCGUCAGCAGGUCUACAUCGCUGAACUAGACCAGACAUUCAAGCGCCACCCUGAUUUCGUGCUCUUCGCAGCACAGAACCCUCACCACCAGGGCGGUGGAAGAAAAGGCCUUCCUGCCUCCUUCGUCAAUCGCUUUACAGUUGUAUAUGCGGACAGCUUCACUGAUGCUGACCUGAAGACGAUUUGCGGCAAGCUCUUCCCUGGAAGCCCUUCGACCCAGACCGAAAAGCUCGUCGACUUCAUUUCCAUUUUGAAUACCGCAAUUGCAACGGAACGCAGACUUGGCACAGUCGGAGGUCCAUGGGAAGUUAACUUGCGUGAUAUUCAGCGUUGGUUGCAAUUAGCCGAUCGAGGCCACCUCCAGAUUUCAACCAGACAUUUCCUGGACGUCGUGAUUAGUCAGAGGUUCAGAAGCGCCGAAGAUCGUGCGCAAGUUUCCACAAUCUAUGACCGGGUAUUCGAUACCUCUGAAGUUGAAGCCAAGAGUUACUUCCACAACUUGACACCUGAAUACAUGCAAGUGGGCCUGGGUAUAAUGAGGCGAGAUCCUCUUGUGCAACGCUCCUCUCGACCGAAUAUGAAAGUGCUUCCAAACGAUCUGCAGAUUCUCGAGUCGCUAAUUCUCUGCAUUGAUAACUCGUGGCCCAGCAUUCUUGUUGGACCUACCGGUUGCGGCAAAACAACAUUAAUCAAGAAGUUAGCGGCGAUCAAUGGAGCCAGCCUCGAGGAGCUUGCUUUAAGCGCAGACACUGAUACCAUGGACUUGAUUGGAGGAUUUGAGCAAAUUGAUCAUAGGAGAGAGAUUCAAACUCUAGUCAACGAUGUUCAAACGUUCUUGCAAGCACAGGUCAUCAACUCAUUUGCUUCCGGAGGCGUUUCCGAGUCCGUGGCCUUGGCACUGCAAGUCUGUCAACACUUUCAGUUGGCUGAGCUGCCGCUGGAUGAGAUCUUGUCAUCCCUCUCUUCCUUGUGCCAGUCUUUCCCUAAUUCGAACCUCGAGAGUUUCUACAAGCGCGCCCAAGACUUGACGCACGCCAUGCAGAACUCGGAUAAGAUGAAGGUUGGCUUUGAGUGGACAGAAGGCGCUCUCACGCGAGCAGUUCAGACUGGAUCAUGGGUAAUCCUUGACAACGCCAACCUUUGUAAUCCAUCAGUUUUGGACAGGCUGAAUUCGUUGACUGAGCCGAAUGGCACGCUGAUUUUGAAUGAGCAGCGGACUCAGGAUGGAUCUGCGAGAGUCAUCGUUCCUCACCCUAACUUUCGUCUGUUCUUGACCAUGGAUCCUCGGCACGGUGAGUUGUCUCGCGCGAUGCGUAAUCGAUGCACAGAGAUUUGCUUCCUGCCCGAUCAGCAGCUCGAAUUGCCCACAAGGUUAACUCCUUCAUAUACGUGCGAGUCCCUACUUUACCGACUCCGAUAUACUUGGCAGUCUUCGGAGGCAUUCUCAUCUGGUUCAUCGCCAAUGGGCGAGGAUGAUAUGAUGGAAAUCUGUUUCGAUCAUUUGUCCCCAAAUGAUAUCGAAUAUCUCUCUCGGUCUCCCGUCGCAAUUAUGCCCAUCACAACGGCAGGCGGCUUGAAAGAUUUCGUGUCCACUCAUCUUCAGCGACACGUUUUGCUGAUUCAGGAGAAUGAAGGCUGGAAGCCUCACGUCGCUCUCAAUCAACAAGUUUCCAUGUCAGGUAUUUCGCUUGCUGUGAAAGGGCAAUUGCAGCCUGUCCACCCUCUCGUCAAUGAACCUCUGCUUUCAGUCAUUGGAGGCAGUCGCUCUCGCGCGAAAGCCAUAGUACUAGCAUACCUGCAACAGUUCAAACUCGAGCUUUACCGUCUGAAGCAGCACUUGGUACAGUCUCACGAGUCCGCAUCUCAACUGAAACCGAGCCAGAUGACACGGCUGGAAAGAUCCUUGGCCUCUGAUCGUGUGCACUCACUCAUGAAGGAUUCAACACAGCCUGUUGGGAGUUUCCUGUCCGAUUGUGGUCAAGCUUUGUUUGAGUGUUUCAGUGCACUUGGUGAGGAAAGUCUCGAAUCCACCGACCUUGUGUCUGCUUUGCGAAUGGUCCUCAGCCUCUGCUACGACAUCUACAGGGUCACAAACUUGACCUCGCUCGACGAAGGCGAAUUCCAGGUGUAUCUACAAAUUGGACGAAGCGUCUGCGCUUCUCUGCUAGACUCAUCGCCGGCCUUACGACCUUUGGAAAGAGCCUUGUCAAAUGCCCUCUCCCGGUUCCAGGCGGGCUGGGCAUUGAGUACCGGUCUUAGCAUGCAAAGAAUGUGGGAUUCGUGGAGACAUGUUACGCCGUCAUCGCAGGACCAGCUGACUUCGCUGAUUGAUCUGGAAGCCACUGUGCGUCAUUUCACCGACUUGGCACUGCAGACGCGUGUUGAAGUGUCUCAGCUAAGCGCCAUUUGGAACUCGCUCAUGACCGCGCACAAAUUCAUUUUGCAAAACGGCGCGGACGGCGCCAUGCUUCUCGAUGGCAUCAAGCAGACUGUCACUGCACUUGACAAAGCCGUGCGUCGUAGUAAUGCAGCACAAUAUCCCUACUUCGCGAACGAAUUCGAGGCUAUUUGCCAGUAUCAUGACCUCGAAAUCAUCCACUCUGAGAAACCGCUCAAUUCUGUGGUGCCACUGCUUGCGGGUCGCCAUGCACGCUCAUUAGACGCUUCGAUCGCACGGAGUCGUGUCCCAAACAUGCUCAAUCGUCUGACUUUGUUCUCAGGUGCAGGAAAUCAUGGCGCGUUGGCCAUCGGAGGAGUCCUCUCUUUGUCCCUUUUGGAUCGAUUGACUUCGGUCAAUAGUACGACGUUGGGACAAAUGGAUUUGCUUCAAGCCGAGAAGAAGGCGUUGUCCGAGGCACUCACACUGAGCACUGCAUGUAUUGCCACGGAUCAGGCUCGAGUUCUCGCUCGUAUGCUAGCAGGUCUGACACUGGAACUUGUAUCCUGUCACAGUGAUCUCUUCGAUCCCGCCUCGAUCGAUCAACUGGUCACACUUUUGCAAGAAUUGGAAUCUGGCAAUUUUGACCAUCCGCGGACACUCUCUCCCGUGGUGACUGAUUCUGCUCUGCCUCCUGACCAUUACUUUGUGAGCAUAGCACAAAACGCUCUGCCUGCUCUGAUCUCUUCCUUGAUCUCCGCUGCCACAAGCGAACAAACUGUUCAAACCACUGGUCGUGCCACCGUCCAGCUUGCUGUGGUUCUCCUCCGUUUGUUCGUGCCAGACAAAGCAUUUGAUCCCUCUCUUGACCUUGUCGUUCAAAGACAGCGACAUAAACGACGACUCGAUGAGAUCACUGCUAAGUUGAAUGCUAUCCUUGCCUUCGAACGCAGAUUUUCUGGACAGUCUUCCACUCUACGUUCAGUCCUGCUAGGUGAAGAAUCUCAAGAACUUGGAUCUGCUCCGCCACCUUCGUCUGUUACCCGCCCUGAGCAAUCUGAACUCAGCUUACUGCAUGGCGAGUUCACCAAUUUGAUUCACUCUGUUGUGAAACGAAGCCCGGAGAUGAUGGUCGCAUCGCCCGAGACGAUUGCGGAAUCACGAGAAAUGAUCAAGCUUCUCCGCGACAACAUCGUUCAGCUAUGCUCUCGCCUCUCUACGAACUACCGAUCUUACGACGACAUGACUGUCCCAAUCGUUCGCUUCCUCCAGCUUCUCGAUCUUGGCUUAUUCGUGGUCUCAAGCCAACACACAGAGGCCGGUGAAAUGGAAGACAUUCAAUCCCUGAGCCAGUGCACACCUCUCAUGGGAGGCUGUCACCACCCUGUUCUUUCUUCCAGUUCCAUCGCACCUCCGCCAAAAAGCCAAGCACACGCAGUAGAAAUGCGCUUGCACGAGAUGACUGCCUUAUGGACUGUGAAGGACGCUGAUCCCAGCAUCAUCGAUGUGAAACAUUUCCGCGAGUCUCUCCGUCGCAUCUUUUCUGAUUUCCACUACUUGUGGAAGACACAACUCCGGGAAGACCAAGAAAAGGAGGCUGAAAAGAACGAACUUUACCGUUAUCGAGGGUCAUGGGAAGAUGAAGAGGAGAUCAACGACACUGAGCUACGCGAGCUUUUCCCGACUUACGACGACGGUCAAACCGAAGUCGAAAGUCAAGGUCGGAUUGACCCGCGAGCGAUUGCUGUGCGCCUCUCAUCUCUUCACGCUAAGAUUGUCAAUGCUCAACGUUCAGACGAUGCACUCCCUCAGUUUGUCAAGGAAUCUGGUCAGCUUCUCGGCUCAAUGUGGUCGACAAAGCGGAAUUCAUUUACGCCAGUCUCGCCUCAGAGUCAUCUUCCCGCGGUGCUGCUUCUUCUAGAAGAUGCCAUGCAGACUGGGUCUGAGGUCCAAGUUAAGAAGAACUAUAACUUCUACACAGACUGCAACCUUGCAGAAGCCAGAAAACUGGUCGAUCUUACACUGUCUGUACAAUCUCGGUUCGCGCAGAUUCAGACCGCCUGGCCCGAACACGCUGUGCUUCAAGAAGUCAUCAACUGUUGCUCGGAGAUUCUCCAGUUCAAGCACACGGAGCCUGUCGCCAAGUUCCUGACGAAAUUGGAGAAGCUCCAUUCUUAUGUCCACGAAUGGCAGCUUGUUGCGAGCCGAGAGUAUUCAGCAGCCGCCCUAUACGAUGAGAUCACGGCUACGACCGUGGGCUGGCGACGGCUCGAGUUGACCACUUGGGCUAAAUUACUCGAUCUUGAAAAGGAACGCUGCGAUGAAAAUGUAAGCUCAUGGUGGUUCAUCGCCUAUGAAGCACUUCUCGCAGUGCCGCUCCAAAUGGCUGAGAAUGGCGAGGAGGACAUGAGCGCACACAUCCAAGGUGUUAUAUAUACUCUGGAGCAGUUCUUCCAGUCUACGUCCCUCGGCCAGUUCUCCCGCCGUCUCCAGCUUGUGUCAGACUUCCAGGCCCUCUUGGUUGCGUUUACGCGUGACUAUGACUGUCUGACACCCCUGGUCAACGCUUUGGCUAACUUCAUUUCCCAUUUCCGGCCAUUCGAGCCUUUGGUUGACAAGCUUCUUCACGACAAACGAGCAAUCCUGGAGAAGGAUAUCAAGGAGCAAAUUCAACUGGCUAGCUGGAAAGAUACGAAUAUUGUGGCUUUGAAGGAAAGUGCCCGAAGAUCGCAUGUCAAGCUCUUCAAGCUUGUUCGCAAGUACCGCGAGGCUCUUGCUCAGCCCAUCCAGGCGGUACUUGAGCAGGGCUUGCAAGACUUUAGCGGCGCAGUGGGCGAGUCGAUCCCAACUCAGCCAGCCCUUACACAUGUAACUCUCACCGAUGUUGUGUCUGUCUGUCAAUCACGUUCGGAGCUGUGGUCAUCUCGGGCUCUACGGUUCCAGAACCCGGAUGGCACAGCACGUAAUAUGAUGAAUCUCUAUUCGUCUAUUCCCGCGGAGUUCGAUAUCGCCAAAGAUCUCGAGGAAUUCACAACUUCCAUAAUCGAGAAUGUCAAUGAGUUCAAAUCUGCAACGCCCAAGACUUUGACAGAGGACAACAAGGACGAUGUACAACACCUCAAGGUGCAGAAACGCCGUCUCUUCGCGGAUACCCUCAAGCGUCUCUUCGAAAUGGGCGUCAAGCGUAAUGCUGGUACUAGUUUGAUCGAAGCCCAGGCCUCUUUGUCGCAGAUCCUUUCCACAAGCGCUGCUUUCGACCUCGACAAUGCCCUCGCGGGCCAGGGAUUAGUUCGCAGUGCCGACUCCUAUUUCCAUAGGUUACUGGAUCUCUUGCCUCGCGCUCGUUUGGCCUCGCGAAACUAUUCCGAGGAGCUCAGCAACGUCGAGGUGUCUCGCAGCAUGGGUUCCGUUGAAUACUUGCUGUUCAUCAUUCGUCGUCAGAGGGGCGUGCUUUCUCCGGCCCUCUCAGAAUUGGGUGAGAUGCGCUCAACCCUAGACAGAGCUAGUAAUCUCUGGACCGUUGACUCUUCCAAGCUUGUUAAAGAUGGUGACUGUGGCGACGAUGAAGUUCAGGGCCUGACACGACUUAUUUCCUGGCUAAGCCCGAUCCUUGCCUUAGCACUGAGGGUGGUGGAGGUGCAUUCACGGUUCUCGGGUGCCUCCGUGGCAUCGCUCUCCCAGGAACUUAAGUCCAGAAGAACCGCCCUUGACGAUCUUUGCCUUGCUCUGAAGUCCCAGCCUGCCCUUCCGGUGGGCAUAGCUUCCUCCGACCAGAAGGAACUCGUGUCACGUGCAAGAAACUUGCUGGCUCAGCUCGAGCAUGACGUGAAAACAUGGAUCUCUGAGCGUCCUGACCUCUCCUUUGCUUUGGAGCAGAUCUAUCCUUGGGUCAAGAACGAGCAUAUUCCUACUGCUGGCGUGAAUGAAGGUGGGAGCCUGUCAGUUGUACGCUUUGACGAAGCUCUCAUGGCCGCUGUCGACAAGAUGUUGGUGGGUCUGCAGAAACUCGCGAGCGUUCCCACCGGAAUCGCUUUCGAUGGUCUGAUGUCUCGGAGUGAUGAAUUCUUCUCACGCGCAUCCCGCGCACUCCAUCUGAAGGAGAUCACCACCUCUCUGGCUGGUGUUCUGGACCGUCUGCAGAAUGUGCAAGAUGCAUCCUCAGAUGCUCUUCCGUUGGCAGCGGCUCUUGUGGCCAGCAUUCUGCCCAUUGCCACUAAAUUCUACGAAAUUUGCCAAAACCUCGUCGUUCGCUUCACUUCGGUCCAUCGGGAGAUCUGCAAGACAUCCUACAUUUUGACCAAGACUUUCACACAGGUCGCGUCAGAAGGGUUCUGCAGUCCCGCCGAGGCGUCCCAAGACGAAGGUAAAGAGGGCAAAAUGGAGAGCGGCACAGGUCUUGGCGAGGGUGAAGGCGCAGAGGACAUUAGCAAGGAUGUCGGCGACGAUGAAGACCUUUCAGAACUCGCACAACAAGCCCAGAAGGAGGACGCUGAGAAAGACGAGAUGCAGGACUCUGCUGAGGCUGUCAACAUGGAUCAGGAAGAGCUCGAAGGAGAGACUGGUGAUCACAAGGAGGAGGAAGGCGAGGACGAAGACAAAGACGAGGAUGGCGAGGAUCAGGAGGAUGAUAUUGAUGAAGAAGUUGGUAGUGUUGAUGGUCUUGAUUCUGGAGCUGUGGAUGAGAAGCUCUGGGACGGCACCAAUGAUGAACAGCAGAAGGAAACGGAGAAUGAGGAAGGAAAGGGCCAGGCCGAAGACGAUCAGCAGACUGCCGCCCAAGAGCAAAAGAAAGACGGCGAAGAAGGCCCCAAGGGUGAAGAGGGAGAGGGAGAGGAUGACGAAGAGGAAGAAGACGAAGAAGCCCCCGAUGACGAGGGAGAAGCUAUCGGUCGUGAAGACAUGGAUGUCACCGAUCCCAAUGCCAAGGAAGAAGAAACUUUGGAACUCCCCGAUGAGAUGCAGCUGGAUGGCGAUGAUGUGGGCGAAGGUGAAGAAGGAGAGGACGAUGAUGGCAUGGACGACCUUUCGGACAUGGGCCCUCUUCCUGAAGAAGAUCAGAAAGAAGACCAGCAAGGUGAUGCAGAUGGGGAUGACGAUAUGGAGACGAACCUCGAUGAACAAGCAGAAGGUGCCGACGAAGAGAACGGAGAAGGUGAAGAAGGCGAGGAGACAAACGAAGGCGAGGGCCAAGAAGAAGAGAAUGAAGCCGGAGGCGAAGAGGCUGAGCAGGAAGAAUUCCUCACCCAGCGGGAUGAGAAUGAAGCGGCUGGAGACGAUGUGGCGCCAAGCGACGCUGUCAAUGGCGGCCUCGCCGCUGAUCAGGAUCAGAACGAAGACAAGGGAGCCUCAGGCGACGCGCAGCAGGAAAGUGGUUCAAGCGACCCAACCGCUAAUGCUGAGCAACAGACAGGCGCUGCCAAGGAGAGCGAAGAGAGCAAACGCAGUCGAGAUGCCGGCGGUGCCGAGGACUCAGCACCCAAUGAGCCUCAGAUGCAAGCCUUUAAGAAGCUCGGCGAUAUUCUUGAGCAGUGGCACCGACGACAGAAGGAAGUCCUGACCCCGUCACAGGAUGAAGAGGACUCUCAGCCUCUGCCUCAGGACACCGACAUGGCUGAUGCGGACUUUGAGCAUCUUAAGGACGAUGACGACGUCGCCGACACACAGGCCCUUGGUCAAGCAAAUGAGGAUCAGGCGCAAGGUCUCGAUCAGAACAAGGGUGUCGAAUCUGACAAUCAGCCUGGAGAUCGGGACGCGCUUCCAGACGUUACGGACGAACAGCAGCAAACUCUGGAAAAUCAACUGCAGGACAGCAUGCAAGUUGAUCGUGCAGCCGAACCAACGAAUGGCGAGACUGCCGGGGCUUUCAUUCCCGGGGACCGUCCAUCGGGAAAUCUCGCUGAUGGGGCCCCCGGCACCGAGGAUGUCAAUGAGGAAUUGGAUGAAGUCGACUCGCAACUUGCGGCGAUUCAUCUCUCGUCCUCCCUUCCGCCUCUCACUCCAGAGUCCGAAGCUCGUCGUCUCUGGUCUCACUAUGAGAAUGCCACCAACGAUCUCUCCUUGUCUCUCACCGAACAACUGCGUCUCAUUCUAGCCCCAACUAUGGCCACCAAGCUCCGUGGCGACUUCCGUACCGGUAAGCGUCUCAACAUCAAGCGCAUUAUCCCGUACAUCGCUUCUCAGUACAAACGCGACAAGAUCUGGAUGCGACGAUCAAUUCCUUCCAAGCGCAACUAUCAAAUCAUGCUCGCUGUCGAUGACAGCAAGUCCAUGCUCGAAAGUGGGUCCGGUCAGCUUGCCUUUGAGACGCUGGCACUCGUCGCAAAGAGUCUAUCCAUGUUGGAAGUCGGCGAUCUCUGCGUGCUCGGCUUCGGUAAUGAAGACCACGUUCGUGUCGCCCACGAGUUUGGCAAGCCAUUCUCGUCCGAGGCCGGGUCGCAAGUCUUCCAACACUUCAGCUACCAGCAAACUGGAACCAAUGUGCGGAAACUUAUCGCCGACUCCAUCGCUCUCUUCCGCGAGGCCCGAUGGAAGCGAUCACCGGGCUCUGGCUCAGCUGAUCUCUGGCAGCUCCAGCUCAUCAUUUCAGACGGUAUCUGCGAGGACCAUGAUACGAUCCGUCGGUUGGUGCGACAGGCUCUUGAGGAGCGGAUCAUGAUUGUCUUCAUCAUCGUGGAUGCGGUCAAGGGCAGCUCGAUUCUCGACCUCUCGCAGGCAAGCUUUGAGGCUGAUCCCCUCUCCGGUGGUGAGAUGAAGUUGCGGAUGAAACGAUACCUUGAGAACUUCCCCUUCCCUUAUUACUUGGUUGUUCGGGAUGUUCGUGAACUACCGUCUGUUCUAGCAACGGCGCUCAAGCAGUGGUUUGCGGAGGUCGUGGACGUGUCUUCAUGA